AUGUCAUCUGUUGAACAGCAGUAUGACACAUUAGAUGAGAUGGAAGAAGAAAAGCUGGAAGCUGCAGAGGACCAUAACGCUGCUCUUCAUGAUUACACAGAGAUCAGCCUCAGACUGCAGCAGAAAUUAAAACAGGACUACCAACGGAUAUUGGUUGGUAAUUCACAGAAGGGUCAUCAGCAAAACCUGAAUGAAAUAUACACUGAUCUGUAUGUGGUGGAGAAUGAGACUGGAGGAAUAGAGAGUGAGCAUGAGGUCAGACAGAUUGAAUCGGGUUACAACCGAUUUACCACUGACAAACCAAUCAAAUGCAAAGACAUAUUCAAAGUCCAACAAAACAGAACAGUGUUGACAAUGGGCAUUGCAGGGGUGGGAAAGACCAUCUCUGUGAAUAAAUUAAUCCUUGACUGGGCUGAAGGACUAGAAAACCAGGAUAUAGUCUUCAUUUUUCCACUCCCAUUCCGUAUACUGAAUUUGAUUAAAGAAGAGUUCAGUCUCAUAGGACUGCUUAACAAAUAUGUCUUUAGUAGUCCUGAAGCAGUCCUGGCCUCUCUUCCUGAAGCUGAUGGUAAGGUCGUGUUCAUCUUUGAUGGGCUGGAUGAAUGUCGCUUCCCUAUGAGCUUUAAAGAGGAUGACAGCUUCACAGAUGUUAAUGAAAAAACAACAGUUAAUAACAUAAUAACAAACCUGAGUAAUCUGGUUCCCUCUGCUCUCAACUGGAUCACAUCCAGACCAGCAGCAGCCAGUCUGAUCCCCCGAGACUACAUUGACCAGGUGACAGAGGUGCGUGGAUUCAAUGAUGAGCAGAAAGAGCAAUACUUCAACAAAAACAGCAGUCCUGAGGUUGCUGGAAACAUCAUCUGUCAUAUCAGGAAAUUCAGGAGUCUGUACAUCAUGUGCCACAUCCCCGUCUUCUGCUGGAUCUCUCUCACUGUUCUUUGGCCUCUGCUGGCUCAUGAGAACAAUGACAAAACACCUACAACUCUCACAGGGAUGUACACCAACUUUGUACUUUCUCAGAUGCAGCAGAUGAAAAAAAAAUACAGUAAUUAUCCUGAACCUAAGGCCAAUGCCAGGUCUGUUUAUGACAUUAUUUUGAAGCUUGGGAAACUGGCCUUUCAUCAGCUGAUGAAAGGAAAUCUAAUAUUCUACAAAGAAGAUCUUGAGGGAUUUGGAUUAGAUGUCAGUAAAGGGUCAGUGUUCUCUGGGUUAUGCACUGAGAUUUUUCAGGAAGAAGCAGCUGUUUCAGAAAGCAGUAUUUACAGCUUUGUACAUCUCAGUGUCCAGGAAUUCCUUGCUGCUCUCUAUUCAACUUUGAUUUACAAAGAGAAGAAAGAAAACAUAUUUCUUCAGUCCUGGAUGAAAAAACUGACAUGGCAAUUCUCCAAAAACCCACUGUUUCAAAUUCAUAAGGCUGCAGUCAAAAAAGCUUUAAAAAGUGAGAAUGGACACUUAGACCUUUUUCUUCGGUUCCUGCUGGGUCUCUCAAUGGAGUUCAAUCAGAGUAACAUAAAGGAACUACUGCCAGGACUAGAGCUCAAAUCAGAGAACAUGAAAGACACUGCUGACUAUAUCAAAAAGAAAUUAGAGAAGGAGAAAUCAGUGGAAAGAACCAUCAAUCUCUUCUACUGUCUGACUGAAAUGAAAGUUGACUUUGUUGAGGAAAUACAAAAGAAUCUGAGCUUAGGAAAACUUUCAGCACAGAAGCUUUCCUCUGUUCAGUGGUCUGGUCUGGUGUUUGUGCUCCUGAUGUCAGAAGAGACUCAAGAGAAAUUUGAACUGCAAAAAUACAGAAGAUCUGAUGAAGCACUGAUGAGACUGCUGCCUGUGAUCAAAAACACCAGAAAAGCACUGUAA